CAAGUUGCCUGAGGGCUUGUUGUUGGGUGGGGCCAGUCUCUAGGGUGGGCUGCCCGCCCUGGCUGAGCUGGAUUAAAUCGGUGCUCUAGCGGGUGGGGCAGACCCUGGGCUAGCAGGCCUCAGGGAGAACUCCAAUGGCGUCUGUGUCAGCAAGCCCACACCAGGCCACAACAAUGGCCGCCGCCAAUGUCCCAGUCCCUGGAGAGGUCUCACCCCUCACCGAGAUGCACUCAGGGCCUAUUAGGUCCUCCAAGGAUAUUUGAUCCGGAUUUCAAGGGACCUGUUGCCAACAGGAGUUGUACAGAUGUUCUGUGCUGCAUAAUCUUCAUACUGUUCAUUAUUGGCUACAUUCUUUUAGGACUUAUGGCCUGGGUACAUGGCGACCCCAGGAGAGUGGCCUAUCCUACAGACAGCAACGGCCACUUUUGUGGCCAGAAGGGCACCCCCAAUGAGAACAAGACCAUUUUGUUUUACUUUAACCUGUUCACCUGUACUAGUCCCUCUGUGCUGGUAAACCUACAGUGCCCUACCACACAGAUCUGUGUUUCCAAGUGCCCAGAAAAAUUUUUAACCUACCUGGAAAUGCAAUUUAUGUACAGAAAUGACAAAAACUACUGGUCAUACUACAGUCAGUUCUGCAAGUCUGCUUUUGCUAAGCCUGCAAAGACUCUCACACAACUUUUACUGGAUGAUGAUUGUCCAACAGCAAUUUUUCCAAGCAGACCUUUUCUCCAGAGAUGUUUCCCUGAAUUCUCUGCUAAAAAUGGCACUUUAACAGUAGGAAAUAAGACAACAUUCGACGAUGGAAGUGGAAAGAAAAGAAAUGCUGUAGAACUCAGAGCAGCUGCAAAUGGUAUCAAUAAAAUCCUUGAUGCAAGGACGAUUGGAAUGAAAGUGUUUGAAGACUAUGCAACGACUUGGUAUUGGAUUCUCAUUGGCCUGACUAUUGCCAUGCUCCUCAGUUGGAUGUUUGUGAUACUCCUGAGGUUCACAGCUGGAUUCCUCUUCUGGAUCUUCAUGUUGGGUGUGAUUGGAAUUAUAGGUUAUGGAAUAUGGCACUGUUACCAGGAAUACAGCAAACUUCACGGACAGCCAAAUUCUCACUUAAGUAUAUACAACAUCGGGAUUCAGACUGAUUUAAGCAUGUACUUUCAACUGAAACAAACAUGGUUCACAUUUAUGAUAAUACUCAGCAUCCUUGAAGUGACUGUCAUCGUUAUGCUGAUCUUCCUCAGGGAACGAAUCCGCGUCUCCAUUGCCCUGCUGAAGGAAGGGAGCAAAGCCAUUGGAUACAUCCCCAGUACAUUAAUCUAUCCAGUUUUAACCUUCAUUCUCCUCUCAAUCUGCAUUUCCUACUGGGCGGUGACAGCAGUUUACUUGGCUACAUCAGGGGUACCCACAUACAAAGUCAUAGCCCCAGAGGGGCAAUGCGAACAUGAAAAUAAAACCUGUAACCCAGAGAUUUUUAAUACAACUCAAAUUGCCAAAGCUUGCCCUGGAUCUCACUGUAACUUUGCUUCCUAUGGUGGAAAGAGCCUGUACCAUCGAUACAUCACUACUUUCCAGAUAGUCAAUCUAUUUAUCUUUCUCUGGCUUAUAAACUUUAUCAUUGCAUUGGGUCAGUGUACCCUUGCUGGUGCCUUUGCUUCGUAUUACUGGGCCUUGAGCAAACCAGACGACAUCCCACCGUAUCCACUUUUUACUGCAUUUGGAAGAGCCAUACGGUAUCACACAGGAUCCCUAGCAUUUGGAUCUUUAAUUCUUGCAUCAAUUCAAAUGUUUAGAUUGGUCCUGCAAUAUUUGGACAACCGUCUUAAAGAGGCCCAGAACAACUUUUCUAAAUUCCUACAAUGCUGCCUAAAAUGCUGUUUCUGGUGUUUGGAAAAUGUGGUAAAGUUUUUGAACAGAAAUGCCUAUGUUAUGAUUGCAAUAUAUGGCAAAAACUUCUGCAAGUCAGCGAGAGAUGCUUUCAAUCUGCUGAUGAGAAAUGUUUUAAAAGUUGCAGUUAUGGAUAGAGUUACAGAGUUUGUCCUAAUCCUGGGGAAAAUCCUAGUUUCUGGAUGUAUAGGUAUCUUGGCCUUCUUACUCUUCACACAAAGAAUCCCAAUGAUUCUAGAAGGACCAACAUCUUUAAAUUACUACUGGGUACCUUUGCUGACAGUCACUAUUGGAUCUUACCUAAUUGCACACGGGUUCUUCAGCGUCUAUUCAAUGUGUAUUGAUACAAUUUUCAUCUGCUUCUUGGAAGAUUUAGAAAGGAACGAUGGUUCUACUGAAAGACCCUAUUACAUGAAUCAGUCUCUGCUGAAGAUUAUGAACAAGCAAAGUACACAAACUAAGAAGCAGUAGAAGUGCAAACUCUGGUCAUCCUGUAGCCGUGUGUUACCUCUGCCUCAUCUGCCGUGUCUGUGCAACACUCGUCCAUAAGUGCUUUGUGUUUGGAAUACUGUGUUCACGACCUUGUUGGCUUUUAUUUGCAUGUUUUAUACCAAAGCUUAUACUGUAAUACGUGAAGCCAUCAGAAGUCGCAAGGGAAUUGUUAAUAACAUGGAACAUUUUUAUACUAAGAUCUUUUGUUUUGUAGUUCAUUUUUUAAUAGAGUGGCUUGGAUGUUUUGAAAAUACUAGUGAAUAUGUUAACAUUCUUUUAAAUAUUAGAUUGAAAAAUGACACUUUAAAUUGAUAGCUCCUAAUUAAUAUAUUUUUUAAAUUACAACUAAAAGACUUCUACGGGGAAAAUUGGUAAACAACAUGAAAGAGAAAAUUUUAAAGAUUUUCCCCACUGCUGCUUGACAGUCAAUCGAUAAAAGGACCGCCCCACUCCGGAUUUUGCUCUAAGUGUAGAAUGUUUCCUAUUAAAAUGAAUUGCCAACCAUCCAGCCCUUCACUACUUCAUCCUCUGAGAAAGUGCCUUACUGGCUGUUUAAUAUUACCCAGCUUUUGUGGGCAAGUUUACAAACAUUGUUUAAAAAAAACAACCUGCAAUGUUUAGUGAUCAAAACAAGUCUUCUUGUAUUUGCUUUCCUCUUAGUGCACUGGUUGGAAACAUUUGUCAUUCCAGUAUGUCUGAUAGCCUCACUAAGAGCACAUUUUGCAGCAUCAACAAUUUCCCUUGCGCCUAGUGGACAUUCAUGAAUGUGUACUACACGCAAGAAAAAAAAAAAACCCUGAAAGUACGCUUGUUGGGUUUGUUUUUUUACUAAAAGCAAGAAGUUUAAAAAAUGUAACCUUUUCUACAGUAGAUCUUUGAAAAUACAAUAGGUACGAGACCACAUUUCUCAGUGUUUUACAUAGAUUGGAAAGGGAAACUUCGAGAAAUCACAAAGGGAAACUUUACCCCUAGCGAGGGUGCUCACAGAUGUUAGGUACUGAAUUGCUCCAUUUUAAAUCAUUGUUUAUUAUUAUCAAGGAAAGUUCUAUGUAUGUUAUUUCGUUUUCUAACUUUUGAUAUGAAAUAAUCAGUUUACUUAUAUUGAUUUUUAUUGUGCUAAUAUACACAGGAAGAUAAUUCCUAAUUCAACUUUAAAUAAUUUUACUAAUACUACUAACUGUAAAGAAAAUGAAUUCAGUUUGUUACUCGGUGUUAUAGAAAGAGUCUAUAAAGCAUUCACCCUAAGGGAAUGUCAAUCACAUAUGAUAAUUUGUGAAAGCUUUGAGAAUCAACAGUAAGUUACUAUCAGUUUAUCUGUUAUCACAUUUGUUUAAAUGUGAAUUUAGAUAUUCUUUUAUGCCAAAAACAAACUCACAUGAGCACAUGACAGCCUGAGCUCUAUAAUCAGUGUGCUUCUGCUGUGCAGAAAUAUUAGGAACAUAUUGUCUAAAUAUCUUUGAUAACUAAAAUGUUUAAUAUUUAAUGAAAUUUGUUGUUACUCAU